GACAGAACAGUGGACACUCAGGUUUAAAUGAUGGAUUAUAGAACAGGGCUGCUGCUGUUAACUAUCUGCUGGACAGGUGUUGAUGGUCAGACUCUGAUACAGUCUGAACCAGUUGUAAAAAGACCUGGAGAAUCCCACCAAAUGAUUUGUACAGCCUCUGGAUUCACAUUCAGCAGCUAUGAUAUGAACUGGGUCAGACAGGCUCCUGGAAAAGGCCUGGAGUGGGUUGCUUAUAUCAGUAAUGGCGGUGGCAGCACACACUACUCUCAGUCAGUCCAAGGCCGGUUUACCGUCUCCAGAGACAACAGCAAACAGCAGGUGUUUCUGCAGAUGAACAGUCUGAAGACUGAAGACUCUGCUGUUUAUUAUUGUGCUCGACAGACGGGUCUAUAUGCUUUUGACUACUGGGGUAAAGGGACACAAGUCACUGUAACCUCAGCGAUUGCACCAAGCCUGUUUCCUUUGGCUCAGUGUGGUUCUGGGACUGGAACUGAAAUAACUGUCGGCUGUCUGGCACAUAAUUUCCAACCAAUGAGUACCAUCCAGUGGACGGAUGCCACAGGAGCCCCAGUCUCUGCAGUUCAGUAUCCUUCAGUUGAGAAAAACAACGUAUAUACAGGACUGAGUGUGAUCAAAGUAAAAAAGUCUGACUGGAAUUCAUGGAAGUCUUUUAAAUGUUCUCUGGAACAUGCUGGUGAAACAAAGAAUGCAACAGUGGAAAAGGCCUCAUUUCCCCCAAAGGUAAAUUUGCUGUCUGCGCCAGUAGAAGACACUCAGACCCUGAUGUGUUCGGUGGAAGAUUUCCUUCCAAAAGAACUCUCUAUCAAAUGGAAAAAAAACGGAAAAGAUGUAUCUGAUUUCACCAGCUGGGACCCAAAAAUAAAAGGACCGACAUAUUCAGCUGUCAGUCGCCUUAAAGUCAAAAACACAGACUGGCACGAUAAUGCAGUUUACACUUGUGAAGUCACACACCGAGAAAUAACAUAUAGAAAGAAGGCAUCAAAAGCUCUUUUCACGGUGACACUGAAGCAGUCGAAUCCCAAAGAAAUGUUCAGCAACAACAUAACAAAAGUGGAGUGUGUUAUUACUGGAAAAGAUGAGGCAACUGUGAGAGGAACUAAAAUCACUUGGCAGAUUGAUGAACAAAACAAGAUCGACAAAGUUCCUGAAGAAACAAAGAGCGACGGCAACGAGUACAUAAAGAUAAGCACACUGACUCAAAACUACACAGUGUGGCAGACUGUAAACAAAGUGAGAUGUUCUGUGUCAGGAGAAGAUGUGACACCAGUUACUCAAGAGCUUACUGUCCAAAGAGGAGAUGGAACACAACCAAAGGUGACAGUCCAUAUUCUCCCAGAGGAAGACAUCAACCCAAAAAAAGUCACUCUAGUGUGUUUGGUCUUCAGUUCAGUGAUCCAGGAUUACUACAUCGCCUGGUCAGAAGAUGCUGGAGUAAAAAAUGGAAAUUAUUUUGAUGGCAUCGACUCCCGUCCACAGAAAACCACAGAUGGUUACUUAGUUACAAGUCUUUACACCAUAAAAAAGGAAAAGUGGGACCAGCUUCCAACGCUUAAGGUCAACUGCAACGUUUGGCCUGCUGGUAGUAAAGAUCGUAUGGAACCCCGAGAAGUUUCUAAGGCCUCCGAUAUUUCAAACCUGACACAUGCUGUGGACUGCAUAGAUGAUGCCACUGAAGAGGAUGAGCUCAGCAGCUUGUCGUUCAAAGCUUCCACCUUCACAUUCCUCUUCAUUUUCUCUGUGUUAUAUAACAUGAUAUUCAGCCUGCUCCAGGUAAUCAUGAAGGGCUAUGUGAUCCUGAAACUCAAGAAGACUUAAUUAAAUUACUAAG